AUGGAGUCUGAGGAGCUCCAGGAGCUCUCGUCCCUCCUCCGCGCCGCCUCCCUGGGCGCUGGGCCGGGCGGCCGCACCUAUGCCCGCAAGGUGGCACCUGUUCCGGGCGCCCGGCUGGUUGCUUCCAGCUGCUCAGCCCAGGUCCUCAAAUUCUGGCCCGCGGAGCCCAACCACCACCUGCUGCGACUCAUCCUUGACUCGGCGCAGGGGCACCUGGCCGCGCACAGCGAUGGCGGGUGGCUGUUCCUACAGCUGUGCAUUCGAAUCUUCCAUGCAUUGCAAGAUUUCCCGGCGCCGGCUGCCCUGCACGGACUGGCGCAGGCCGCCUCCGACGUCACGUCGGCACUCAGCGACGGAGCGAUUCGUCGCGAGCUCGACUGGUCGAAACUUCCCUCCGUGCUGGCACUCUUGCGAGGGGUCCUUUGCAAGCCUCUCGCUUUGGCGAAGCCUGCGGACACCCGCCACCUCUGCGCUGUCGCGCUGGAAGCCUUCCUCCACACAACUCCUGGGAUGGAAGCGGGGAGACCCUGGCAAGAAGUCGUGCGCUUCGAAUGGUGCUGUGGGCAAGAUGUCGCGUGGAGCGAAUCACAUCGCGGCCUGGUGCUGGACACACCGGGAUCGCUGGUCCCCUCGGGAAAGGGGGACGGUCCCAUCGCCCUCUUCGCCGCCUCCUUGGAGCAGUGGUUGCCGCAGGAGGACUUCGAGGAGGUCUACGAGGUGGAGACAUUGAUUUCGUCUUCAGCACCAAGCGCCGCGGCGUCCCUUCGGGAUUGGGAGAUUCUUCAGUUCAAGAAGUUGGCGGACAGCUUGCUUGCAGCUGGCACCAAAGCCCUGGCCUGCCAGAAGCUCGUGGACCCCUGGCUCAUCGACUACCUGCACGCUCGAGGUGUCAGUGUGCUGUGGCGCCUCUCCAUUCGGCACAUCGACUUCGUCAGGCGCCUGACGGGAGCUCGGCCGGUCUCCUCCUUAGCCGCCUUGCCCUCCUGGAGCGAGGCGCUGGGAUGGGUCGGCCCGCUGGAACACGCGCAGCUGGGAGCGCGCAACUACAUCAGAAUGGCACCGCCGGCCAAGCAUCCGGCUCUGCCCAUCAGCACGCUCACGGUGGGCGCCCCCGACGAGCAUGCGCUGAACGAGCUGAAGUACUGUUUGCCGCAGGCCUUCCACGUUCUUUGGGAGGCGGCGCGUACCGGUGCAGUGCUACUCGGGGGCGGGUUGACCGAGCUCCACCUGGCCGGGCGACUUCGUGAAAACGCCAGGACUGCCAAUAUCACCAGUACCGUGGCCGCUGUGAUGCGCGCCGUGGCUGACAGCUUGACGGCCUCAGCGGCGUCCCUGGCGCCCGAUGCAGCGCCCUCUGCCCCGGCCUCCAGCCCAGCGGGGGCGGCCGCCGUGGAGGCCGCUACUGCGGUGCUCGAGGAAUUGCGCCACCAUCCUGCGAAACUCCCUCCGGGCAUGGUCUUGGACGCAGAAACCCCAAAGAGCCGGGCCAUCCUCGGCGCGCUGGACCUCGCGGGAAUCUUACUCCGCAUCGGGCAAGUCCAGGACUUCAAGUCGCAAAAGCUCGGCUAG